GUACAAACAUGGGGUUACUCGCGGCGACGGCAUCAGCGGCCGCGCUUCGACGGCUCGACGCGCCAGGGCAGCUUCGUCGCGAGGACUCCUGGCGCCUCGGGAUCGAAGGACUCCUGUCCGUCUUCCAGGAUGCCCCAGUCCGUGCCGUUCAGGACGUCCUUCGGCGUGCGCCAGGCCGCUCGUACGUCGUCGUCGGCCACAUAUCGUCGCGCGAGCACCAUCUCCGUGCCGUCGACGUACCCGAGGCUCACGAAGCGCCCAAACUCUGUCGACCCACACGCUGCGACGACGGCGUACUGGCCGCGGCACGAGACCAUCAUGUCGUGCCAGUCGUCCGAGUACGUCUUGUGCCCCUCGCCGUCGUUCUGGUCCAGUUGAUACGAUCCCGUGAGCCGAAUGUCGCCGAGGUGCUCGAGGCCCCAGAAUUGCUCUUCGUCGCUUGUGCCGCAGGAUUCCAGGAUCUCGAGCUCGUCCUGCCCGCGAUAAACGCGAGUUUGCAGCGCAAAGUCGUUCUUGCUAUUCUCGUAUCUGGUGUCGCCGCUGUCGGGCAGCGUGUCGGUGUCCGUCGGCACCCAGACGCCUCGCCACGUGACGCUGUUCCCGAAGUCGCUUACGGCCAGCACGCCGCGCCAGACAAACAGCGUCGCCCGCCAUUCCCGCUCCCCGUCGCGCUGGCGGCGCGGCAUGGCUGCUCAAUGUUGGUAAUAAAAAACAGAGUCGUUCGUACGCGCUCGCCGCGUAUAGAUGCUCAAAACUUGGUGUCAAAAGCAGUGUGGUUGUGUGCGCGCUCUCUGGGCCUCGAAUCGAUGGCUGCAGCUGUCGCAGUCACAAUAUCUGGGACCGGCAGGUCUUAAUCAAAGCCUGCAAGUGGCCCAGCGGCCGUGGGGGCUGCAAAAAAGGCCGGCG